CAGAAUGAGCUUUUUGUAACGUAAAGUAGAAUAAAAAUUAAAAUCGAGAGAUAGGAAGGAUAAUAAUACUCGGUAAAGGCAAAAUUGCCAUUUGGCUCUCUGUUGGCUACUGCUACGUAGUUUCGAACUUGUCCGCGUCCGGUUUUCGGUUUGAUAAACAUCAAUGUGUACAUCACAACAAAGUGAGCACGCGCUAUUUUGUAUUAUAAGGAGAUAGAAAGAAAAUAUAAGCGUUUUUGAGCCUUAUACGUUACAAAUCCAUCCACUAGAAAUGUCUGGACGCGAAGGUGGCAAAAAAAAACCAUUGAAAGCUCCAAAAAAAGAAUCCAAAGAUUUAGACGACAAUGAUUUAGCAUUUAAACAGAAGCAGAAAGAACAACAGAAAGCACUUGCGGAUGCUGUGAAAAAAGCUGGUCAAAAAGGUCCUCUUGUCACCGGUGGAAUAAAAAAAUCUGGAAAAAAAUAAUACACCUACUUUAAAUUAGUAAAUUGUUUUAAGCAAAUUAUUGUGUCAAAAGUAACAUUUCUUAUGGUUUCGUUAUUUUUACUUUUUGAAUAAAUAUAAUUAAAAGGAAAUGAAUGCUGUACACUAAUGAAUGACUACUGUAUAUUUUUAAGUAAUAAAAGUAUGUAAUAAUUUU